AUGAUGAUAUCAGGAGGGGGAGGAAAAUCAUCGUGGAGUUCUUCAACAUCAUCAUGGGUACCCACAACUUCCGUAUCGGCAUCGGGAAAGAGGAUUCAGAGGGAAAUGGUGGAACUCAACAACGACUCUCCUCCUGAUUGCUCCGCUGGCCCUAAGGGCGAUAACCUCUAUCACUGGAUUGCUACGAUUAUCGGAACCCCAGGAACACCCUACCAAGGUGGCAUCUUUUUCCUUGACAUCAAAUUUCCCAGUGAUUAUCCCUUCAAGCCUCCCCAGGUGGUAUUCAAAACACGCAUUUACCACUGCAAUGUAGACUCUGAGGGCCUUGUGAGUAUGGGAAUAUUGAAGGAUGAUUGGAGUCCAGCACUCACAAUUACUAAGGUGCUACUUGCAGUUAGAUCAAUUUUCACAAAUCCUGAUCAUUAUAACGCUGUUGUCCCUGGCAUUGCUCACUUGUAUUCGGGAGACAGAGCAAAACACGAUGAUAUUGCUGCAGAGUGGACUGUUCGAUUUGCCAAGUGA